UGAAUUCUUGGUUCAUAAUUCUUUUACUUUGCUAUCUUCCCCUUUUCCAGCCUAGGGCAGCAUAGUGGCUUACUGCAUCGUACUGUUCUCCGUUGCUUGUGCUCCUGUGACCUCCCUGAUGAAGCCAGAGCAGUGAUAGCACAGCAGCAUCAUAUCCUUCCUUAGAUGUACUCUGCCUGGAGGACAGACUGCGGCAAACUGGGACUGGACCAGAACCCCUGCAUCACUGUUUUCUGUUGCUGAACAUGAAGGCAAUGAGAAUUGAGGAUGCCCCUGUGGCGAUCGCCGUGGCCGUGGUAGCUGCAUCUGGCCUGCUGCUGCUGCUGCUCAGAAGGACAGGGCGGAGGGCGAGCGGCCUCGUUACCUUGCAGGACCCCCUCGCUAAAUACCCGCUGCAGCUGGUGGACAAAGAGGAAAUCAGUCAUGAUACUAAGAAAUUCCGAUUUGGGCUACCUUCAGCAGAUCAUGUAUUAGGAUUACCUGUAGGCCAACAUGUUUACCUUUCUGCAAAAAUCGAUGGUAAUCUGGUGAUUCGAGCCUAUACCCCAGUUUCCAGUGAUGAGACAAAAGGUUAUGUUGAUUUAAUUAUAAAGGUCUACCACAAAAAUGUGAAUCCCAAGUUUCCAGAAGGUGGGAAGAUGUCCCAGUACCUAGAUGACAUGAAGAUUGGAGAUAUUAUUGAUUUCAGAGGGCCAAAUGGGCUCCUUGUCUAUCAGGGGGCAGGUACCUUUCUUAUCAAGCCCCAUAAGAAGUCUGAAGCAGAGAAGAAGUUUGCAAAGCAUCUUGGGAUGAUAGCUGGAGGAACAGGUAUAACUCCUAUGUUGCAGCUGAUUCGUCAUAUCACAAAUGAUCCUAAGGACUCCACGAAAUGUUACCUUCUUUUUGCUAAUCAGACAGAAAAAGAUAUAUUACUGAGAGCUGAACUAGAAGACGUUGCUAAGAGGCAUCCUGAUCAGUUCACGCUUUGGUAUACGCUGGACAGACCUCCACAAGAUUGGAAGUACAGUUCUGGCUUCAUCACUGCAGACAUGAUUAAAACCCACCUCCCUUCCCCUGGCAGUGAGACACUCAUUCUGAUGUGUGGGCCACCACCUAUGAUUCAGUUUGCAUGUCAGCCCAACCUGGACAAACUUGGCUAUCCCAAGAGCAGUACCUUUUCUUACUAACACUGAUGUCAUCUGAUACCUUUUUGUGAGAAGCUGAAUUUGAGGACGUGUACGUAUGGGCGUGUCAACUCAUUUGUUUAUGCUAAGGCUUGGCAACGGGGUGAAAAAAGAACCUGAACUGUUUUAUCAUUAGGGCUUUUUUCCCCACAUACAAUGUUACUGGUGGUGAAGGUUACUAUAUGUGAAACAAAAAGAGUAUUUAUACUUCACCUUUAUCUUUUAGUCAUGAUACUAAACACCAGAAAUUGUGAUUACAAAUAAACCAACCUUUUCCAGGGAUUCACUCUGCAAGUCUUCUAAACUACUGGACUUUUUUUUCUGUGGAACCCUUAAAAUAACGACAGGCAAAAAAGCAACAGUUAAUACAACACAGUAUGUUUGCAUAUGCCACAACUGUAUCAUGACGACAGCUGUAUAUAUCACAUAAUGUCUGCAUAUAACAGAUAAUUCAGAAUUAGGAGACUCAUUUCUUUUGUUAUAUUUUUAGCCUAAAACUCAUAGUAUUGGGAACUGCAAUAGAUGAAGUCAGAAACGGCAACAAGACAUCCUUUCAUCAACAAUGAAAGGCAACAAGGCACAAUGUGCAGUUUUAAACCUUCUAUCUAUGGAUGACUUUUUAGAAGCUCUUAACAAGCAAAAGUAGACAGUAAUAACUCUCUGUGAACAGUGUGCAACAUUAAGGGAUUUUAAAAAUGGAAAAAGGCAGCAGUAUAAAAACAAUUUCUGGCUGUAUGUUAUACAUUUCAAUUAAAGUUACUCAUUCUUACCUA